GAUCAUUUUUUCUUAAAAACUUAACAGAAUUUUCAACCGAAUAUUCGGCUGAAUAAUCGUUUUUUUCUGGGAUUUUCAUCCCUUAGGAUGUAGGAAUAAUCCUUUCACAGAAUAGUUGAGGUCAAUAUUCGGUAUUCAGCCAUUCGCCAAAUACCACUAUUCGGUAGGUACAAUUCUAGUAUUUAACAUUUAAAUGAUAUCACCAAGCAACAAUCACAGUCGUUAAGCAUUCCUCAACACUUGCACCAAAUGUGUAAUGACAUUUUCACGAAUAAUAUUCAUUGCGAUGAAAUUCGCAACAAUAAGUAAUAACGACCGUAAGCUACUGCCAUAUAAUUUUGUAACUUGAUUUAACAAUCAAAAUUUUCCAUCUUGCCAAAAAAAACGAUCGCAUCGACUCAAUCUCAUUUAAUGAAUUCAAAGAUCUCUCCUAACUUUCUCGUCCCAUGCAAUCCGACCCAAUCCGAUCUGACCCGACCUCGAAACGAACGUAACACAACGCACAUCUGCAGGUGAACGACCCUUCGUGUGCUCCUGGAUGUACUGCGGCAAGCGGUUCACCCGAUCGGACGAGCUGCAGCGGCACCGAAGGACGCACACCGGCGAGAAGCGAUUUCAGUGUCCGGAGUGCAACAAGAAGUUCAUGCGCAGCGAUCAUCUCUCGAAGCACAUCCGCACCCACAACAAACUGAAGAAGGACCACGUUCGCUACAUCCUCGAGGGCGGCGGUGGUUUCAGCGACGAUGGCGAGGAAGAUAUGGAUGACGAUUAUGAGCUGCGUGCGGAUGACGAAGAAGACGAGGAGGAACCGGGCGAGAUUCCUGCGGCAAUGCCCGCCAAGGUGAAACAGGAACCGCCCAAUCCGAUUGGUCCUUCCGGCCAGGUGCCUAUGGGAAUGAUGAUAACGGCCGCCGGUGCUCAUCCGGGAGGGCCGACGACGGUUCAACCGAUGGCAGUUAGCAAUGGAGCCGGUGGCACUGGGAUUGUCUGGAUAGCGUCUCCUGCCCUGAUGGGCAUGCAACAGCAGCAGCAGCAGGAGCAAGUUCAGCAACAGCAAGCUCAACAACAGCAGCAGCAACAACAAAAUGCCCCACCUCUUCCACCUCCACUCUACAGCAUCAAGCAGCUGAACAAUGCUCAGGAAGUAGCAAAUUCGGCCCACUCGGCAUCGUCGGACAGCAACGAUAGCUCCGACGAGAAGAUGAUGAUCACCCUGGGGAAUUCGGGCGACGAUCCGGAUCAAUCGAUCGAGUCCAACUAGCACUUGGAACCGCUGUCCGUUCAUCAGUUUACGACGUUCGACAGCAUCUUGCAGCAUCAGCACCAGCGAUGGUAAAUGGAAGGAGGUUUCCAAUCGAAGGGAUAGUUUUAUUUUUAAAUUUUGGAACUAUGAGUUAACCGUUUAGAAAUAGGUUCGAAUGAUUUCAGAUUCCAUCAAACAUAGAGAAAAAGUGGUACGGAACGAAGGUUCCGUAUUUCAAUUUUAAAAAAGGACAAUAUUCCAUUCUAUUCAAAAAUUGUUUCUAAGUUGAGAGAAGUAAACGAACCCGAACAUAAUGAGUUGGAGUAACAGAACAGGUAUUUUAGAACAGUUUUGCUUGCGAGUACUUUUAAGUAACAAAAUGAAGAAACAAAAUCGUUCUUGGGCCUCGAAAAUCUGUCAACAUGAUUUUUUAUAAAUAAAAUGAUAUUUAAAAAUGUUCGAUAUUCAAAUUAGAACUUAAUGUGUAAAUACACAUUUUAUCUUAUUCGAAAAAAGUUGUUACAGUAAAUCAAUAUUAUUGGUUCCAAAAUAAUGGAAAAUGUCCUCUUUCAAACGUUAUUUUGAAAUUUUGUUUCACACUUUUUUCUGGAGACAGUUUUUUGGCUGAGGCCAAAAAAAUCCAGUAAUUUUUAGUCGCAUAAAAUCUUCAGACUAGAUCUCCUUACAUUUAAAGUGUUGAUGAAAAAAGAGUGGAACAGAAUUUUAUUUGAAUACUCAUAAACUGAACAACUUUCUAAAACUAUCCUUUCGAACAAAAAUUAAAAAAUAAACCAAUUGAAGAUAAAUUUUACAAACAAAACACUUGAAAAAACUUUUGAAGAAAUGAAAACGACUUAUUUUCGAUGCAAAAUUUGAAGAAAAAAACUUGUUUUUGCGGCUUUAAAAACUCUACUUUCGAACACACCAUAUAAUUUUUCUAUUUUUCUUAUCCAAAUUGCAAAUUAAAAAGUUAAGUUCUUCACUCUGAACUCAUUAUUUUUAAUGUGAAAAUUUAAUCACAUUGGAAAUCAUGAAGUCAAAAACCUAACUUCAGGUAGAUAAUUUAAAUAAUAGGAUCCGUAUCUUUUUUUAAUUGUUUUCAAGAUGUUAUUUUUUGAAACUUUGUUUGUUAAUAUUUCCAACAUGUUGGAAUUGAUGUCAAUCGGACAAGAACUGAUUCCUUAAGUAUUUAAAAAAAAUCCCAUUCACGAUGAAAUUGAAUAAAAAAAAAAACGAUAGAAAAACAUCCGCAAGUUGGGUUGUCCCAGCAUUAAAUGAAUGUGUCCCAAGUCAGUGUAAAAAAAGAAUAAAAUAAACUUCGUCAGAGCGUGUAGAAAAGUAGUGAAAACAAACGGAAAUCGAACAAAUAAACCAGUAAACGAGCAAGCUCCGAUCGCUCCAACCAUUUGUUGUAAGAAAUUUUAAACUGAAUCGAAUCGAAUAAAAUUUCAGUAGUGUAACAACCAUUUUUUUAAGUCAACAACUCGAUGUCUGUAUUUAUAUACGAGAAAAGUUAAAAACAAAAUUACACAUAUAUUGAUAUAAUAUAAACCCCUAAACAAACGUUUAACAAAACAACUCAACUCGCUUAAUUAGUAAUGAUCGUUUUUUUCUCUACAUAAACUUCCAUGUUUUGAUUAGGGCAAUUAUACCUACCUAUUUCAGAAUUUUGUUUCAAAUCCCCACAUUGAGUCUAGUGUAAACUUUUAAGAAAUCGCAGAUAUAUAUAAAUUUCUAAUUUAUUUAGUGAAAUAAUUACAUAAAUUGUUGAUAUUUGAGUAAUGCAGUAAACAACGGUGAACGUUUUUACACCUUCACAAAUGGGACGAAUCAAAAUUGAUUAUUGAAAAAGAAAAAAAAAAUCCUUAACAGAUAACAGCAAAAUUACAUACAGGAAAAAACCAAUCAGUACCUUAUUAAUAAUUUGAAGUCUAGCAAUGUAAAAGUCUAGUUUCUAGGUUUGGCUAUUUAACUGAUUUCGGCAUCUUUGGCCCACGUUUUAGUUAUAUAUUUUCACGUCAUGUCGUCUCCGUCGUUUUAACUCUACUUCGUUUCAGUGUACAUUUCUGCAGAAAAGUAAACCGUAAUCCGUGAAAAAUAUAUAUAUCGAUAUUAUAACAUCUGUGAAGCGAAAGAAAAACUAAUCGAAAUCAUUUGUAGGCAGUCUGGCAGACGGUAGUCUGGCGAAUCCAUUUAAAACAAUAAUAAAAUUUUAAUAUUUUUCAAAA